AUGGAUGCUAAUGAAGCUCCUCUAUCCACAUCCCCAUCGCCGCCAUCAUCUUCCUUCAGCUUACAACGCCAUUUCUACCUGGCCGUUGAUAGACCUCAGUUCAAGAUGGACACGCUGGUUGAUCUAUUAGGCACGGCCGGGCGGCGCCCGUAUCUUCCGGUGGUUGUGUGUUGUAGCACUCGCGACGAGCUGGACGCGGUCUGCUCCAAUGUCUCGAAUCUGCCAUCUUAUAUUUCUGUUUCCUCACUUUACAGUGACCUUCCGGAAGCACAUAGAGCCGAGGUCUUGGAUAAUUUUCGUCGGGCGACUGUGAGAUGGAAUAAGUUGGGAAGAGAGGACGAAGCUGAUGGGGAGGCAGAAAAGGAAGAUGAACGGAAGUCGCACGUGAUUGUUGUUACUGAUGCGUGCCUUCCUCUUCUUGGUUCCGAGUCGCCUGUUAGUGCUCGCAUUUUGAUCAACUACGAGCUGCCAACUAAGAAGGAGAUCUAUGCAAGACGCAUGGCAGCCUGUUUGUCAGCAGAUGGCAUUGUGAUUAGCAUGGUUGUUGGAGGAGAAGUAAUGAUUCUUAAAACCCUUGAAGAAUGCAGUGGUCUGGUAAUAGCUGAAAUGCCGAUACAUAUAUUCGAGAUAAUUUGA